UGGCUGAAAGUCAGUAAAAAAAAUUUGUUCAACAGUGAUCACGUGUAUUCAAUGUUUAGCAAGCCAAGAAAAUUGCCCCUGUGCUCUCUCCAAAAAGCAGUCUGAUUGGGAGCUUUCAGAGCAGGCAGAAUUCAAGUAUAAGAAAGAUGUACAGAUCAGUAAGAAAUGUGCACCAUUUUCUUGGAAAUAACAAGACCCAGGAAUGAACUGAGUUUGUAGGUCACUUUCUUCAGAAACCCCAAAAAUGUAUACAUAUAUACCCGAUUGGGUCCAUUUAUCUGGAGAUCUUUGACUGAUGUGCACCAACUUUUAUGAAGACCCUUCCUCCCCCUCAGGAACACCUUCAUACAAGUGCAUCACCUAGACAUCUUGCCUCAUGUGAACAGAGUCAUAUUGAUGAUAUAAUCCCAUUUAUAUUGUCAAAAAGAACAGACUCAUUUGGAUCCAAAAUUCUGCAAAAUGGUGAAAAGAAAGAUAAGCCUGUGUCAACAAACAUGGGCCCUAUUUUGCAAGAACCUGAUUAAAAAAAAAAGAAUGAAAAGGGACACUUUGAUGGAAUGGUUGUACUCAGCAUUUUUGCUAUUUAUCUUGUACACAUUUUACACACUUCAUGAAGUUUAUGAUUUUUCAUCAAUGCCUCCUCUGGACCUGGGACGUAUAGAUUCACUUAAUGAUUCCACAUUUGUGGUUGCAUAUACACCUUUUAACAGAACAACUCAAAGGAUAAUGAAUAAAGUCUCUUCUGCCUCCUUCAUGAUGGGAAGAAAAGCAAUAGCUUUUCCAGAUGAAGAAAAUAUGACAGAACUAAUUUCAACCCAAUAUGAAGAUGUAGUGAAAGUCAUAUUUACCAGCCCUUUCUCUUACCACUUAAAGUUCCUCAGAGGAUCUCGGAUCCCAAUCAUGCAGGAGCACAAAGACCACACAGCUCAUUGCCGUAAAGUUAGAGACAGUUUUGAUUGUGGCAUUUCACAAUUCUGGACAGAAGGUUUUGUGGCUCUUCAAGCAGGUAUAAAUGCCGCUAUUAUAGAAAUCGCAACAAAUCACUCAGUGAUGGAGGAAUUGAUGUCACUUACUGGAAAACAUAUGAAGAUAGAUUCUUUCAUUGGUCACACAGGAAUGAUGACGGAUUUCUUCAUUUUCAUCUGCAUUAUUUGCUUUUCCCCGUUCACUUACUAUGUCUCACUUAGUGUUACAAAGGAAAGGAAGAAAAUGAAGGGCUUGAUGACAAUGAUGGGCCUCCGAGGUCCAGCGUUCUGGUUCUCCUGGGGUUUGCUUUAUGCUGGUUUUGUCUUCAUUCUGACCAUUUUCUUGGCGCUUAUUACAAAAUCAGUCCAGUUUGUCAUCCUGACUAGCUUCCUGGUGGUCUUCAGCCUCUUUUUCUUCUAUGGACUGUCUUUGAUCACGUUGGCUUUCCUGCUGAGCGUCUUGCUGAAGAAGCCAUUUCUCACCGGCUUUGCUGUAUUCCUUUUCACAGUCAUCUGGGGGAGUCUGGGCUUCAUGGCAUUGUACAGAUACCUUCCCGGGUCCUUGGAGUGGAUUUUAAGCUUCUUUAGUCCCUUUGCCUUCACACUCGGAAUGGCCCAGCUCUUACACUUCGAAUUUGAUAUGAAUUCUAAUACAGAAUCGAUGGGUGACUCGAAUCUAAUCGCAGCUACAAUUUUCAUGUUGUUCCUUGAUAGCUUAUCCUAUCUGGCAUUGACGUUUUACUUUGAAAAAAUUUUGCCAAAUGAAUACGGACAUCGACAUUCCCCUUUGUUUUGCCUGAAGUCCUCAUUUUGGCACCAACAAAGAACAGCUGACCAUGUGGCCCUUGAGGAUGAAACAGAAUCUGAGUUUUCCGAUGAGGCUUUUGAGCCAGUGUCCACAGAAUUCCACGGGAAGGAAGCCAUCAGAAUCAGAGAUCUUACAAAAGAAUACAGAGGAAAGCCUAAAAAUAUUGAAGCUUUGAAAGACCUAGCAUUUGACAUAUAUGAAGGCCAGAUCACUGCAGUACUUGGUCACAGUGGAGCUGGGAAAUCAACACUGUUAAACGUUCUUACUGGGUUGUGUGUUCCUACCAAAGGUUGGGUCACUAUUCAUAACAACAAACUUUCUGAAAUAACUGAUUUAGAAAAUAUCAGCAAGCUCACUGGAGUUUGUCCGCAAAGUAAUGUUCAAUUUGACUUCCUCACUGUGAAAGAAAACCUUAGGCUGUUUGCGAAAAUAAAAGGGAUACAGCCAAAUGAAGUUGAUAAUGAGGUACAAAGAGUUUUGCAGGAAAUGGAAAUGAAGAAUAUUCAGGAUACUCUUGCCCAAAACUUAAGUGGUGGACAGAAAAGGAAAUUAACCUUUGGGAUUGCCAUUUUGGGAGAUCCUCAGAUUUUCCUCCUGGAUGAACCCACUGCUGGUCUAGAUCCCUUCUCAAGGCACAGAGUAUGGAACUUCCUGAAGGAGCGGAAAGCAGGCCACGUGAUUCUCUUUAGUACCCAGUUCAUGGAUGAGGCGGACAUUCUGGCAGAUCGGAAAUUGUUUCUCUCCAAAGGGAAGUUGAAGUGUGCAGGCUCUUCUUUGUUUUUGAAGAAGAAAUGGGGGAUUGGCUAUCAUCUGAGUUUGCAGCUCAGUGAAACAUGUGUCCAUGAAAGAAUUACAUCACUUGUUAAACAGCACAUCUCUGAGGCCAAAUUGUCAGCAGAGAGUGAAGGAAAACUGAUCUAUACAUUGCCUUUGGAAAGAACAAAUAAAUUUCCAGAUCUUUAUAGGGAUCUUGAAAGCUGUCCUGACCUAGGAAUUGAGAAUUACGGUGUUUCCAUGACAACAUUGAAUGAGGUAUUCCUGAAAUUAGAAGGGGAAUCUGGUAUUGGCCAACCAGAUAUUGGUGCUUUGGAGGAUGUACGAGCGGAAGGGACAAGAGACACAGGGAGGCUUUCCGAGAUGGAAGACGUUGUCUCCUCACUUAGUGGGUUGAGGAAGGAGAAAGUUGGUCUGGCUCUCUUGUGGCAGCAAGUGUGUGCUGUUGCCAAAGUUCGCUUCCUGAAGAUAAAGCACGAAAGGAAAGCUCUCUUCACACUGGUAGCAAUUUUGGGCUGUGGACUCCUGCAUAUUUUGGCAGCAAAUGCUCAUAAGAUAUUCUAUCCAGAAGAUUACUGUUGGGAGUUGUCUCCACACAUGUACUUCCUCACCCCUGACCAACAACCACGGGACCCUCUCUCUAAUUUACUGAUCAUCAACAAGACAGGAGAAAGCAUCGAUGACUUUGUACGUUCUCUGGAGAAACAGAACAUAGCGUUGGAAGUGGACGCGUUUGGAAGUAGAAAUGACACAGAGGAGCUGUCUUACAAUGGCGCCAUCACAGUGUCAGGCAGUAGAAAGAAUUACAGCUUUUCAUUGGCAUGCAACGCCAAGAGGCUGAAUUGCUUUCCCGUUCUUGUGGACAUUGUCAGUAAUGGGCUGCUUGGAAUACUGACCCCAUCGGAGAGCAUUCACACUGACCGAAGCACGUACCCUGGUGUGGAUGACAUCUACUCUCAGGUUAAUAAUCUAGCCUAUCUCACCUCCUGGAUCAUUUUGAUGUCCUCUAUUUCUCCUUACAUUUCCAUGACCAGCAUCGAUGACUAUAAGAACAAAGCUCAAUUCCAGUUGUGGAUUUCAGGCCUGAACCCUUCUGCUUACUGGUUUGGACAGGCGCUGGUUGAAGUUCCCAUCUACUUUUCACUCAUUUUAUUUAUGUAUUUAGUAUACUGUACCUCAAAAGUAAAAGAGGAUAUAUAUACAGCUGUUGAUGUACUUAUUCAGAUUCUGUAUAUUGUUGGUUAUUCCAUAUCAAUUAUCUUCAUGACAUAUGUGAUUUCAUUCAUUUUUCGUAAUGGGAGAAAAAAUAGUGGCAUUUGGUCAUUUUGCUUCUAUUUUAUCACGCUGGUUCCUGCAGUUAUCAUGGAUUUCCUUGGGGACGUAUUUCUGUAUUGUGUCAGUGUCUUAAUUCCAACCACCGCCUUGACUGGUUGCACAGUGCUACAUUUUGAACACCGUGUAUAUCAUGACAUCAUUCUUUCAAAACAAGGGAAGAAAUAUGAGUUCCUGGUGUACCUAGUACCAUAUGUUCACUUUAUCAUCUUUCUUGUUAUUCUUCGAUGUCUGGAAUGCAAGCUUGGAAAGAAAACAAUGAGAAAGGAUCCUGUCUUUAGAAUUUCUCCAAGAAGCAGCACUGUAUUGCACAAUCCAGAAGACCCAGAAGGGGAAGAUGAAGAUGUUCAACUAGAAAGAGUAAGAACAGCAAAUGCUUUGACGUCUCCAAACUUUGAGCAGAAACCUGCCAUUAUUGCUAGCUGUCUACGCAAGGAGUAUACAGAGAAGAAAUGCCUCUUUUUUAAGAAAAAGAAGAAGACGGCAACAAGAAAUGUCUCUUUCUGUGUUAGAAAAGGUGAAGUUUUAGGAUUAUUGGGACAUAAUGGAGCUGGUAAAAGCACAUCCAUCCGGAUGAUAACUGGAGAAACAAAACCAAGUGCAGGUCAGGUGCUACUGAGAGGGAGCAGUGCGUCUGAGCCCCCGGGCUUCCUGGGGUACUGUCCUCAGGAGAACGUGCUGUGGCCCAGCCUGACCGUCGGGGAACACCUGCAGGUCUUUGCUGCCGUGAAAGGGCUGCGCAAGGGAGAUGCUGAGGUGGCCAUUGCACGGCUGGUGGAGGCGCUCAAGCUUCAGGACCAGCUGCAGGCGCCCGUGAGGACCUUGUCAGAAGGAAUAAAGAGGAAGCUCUGCUUUGUGCUGAGUAUCCUGGGAAACCCGUCAGUGGUGCUUCUGGACGAGCCUUCCACCGGGAUGGACCCUGAGGGCCAGCAGCAGAUAUGGAAAGCAAUCCGGGCCACCUUUCGAAACUCAGAGCGAGGCGCACUCCUGACCACCCACUACAUGGCAGAGGCGGAGGCUGUGUGUGACCGCGUGGCCAUCAUGGUGUCCGGAAGGCUGCGGUGUAUCGGUUCCAUCCAACACCUGAAAAGCAAAUUUGGCAAAGACUACCUGCUGGAAAUGAAGGUGAGGACUCCCGCCCAUGUGGAGCCCCUCCACACAGAGAUCCUGAGGCUCUUCUCCCAGGCUGCUCGGCAGGAAAGGUACUCUUCGCUGAUGGUCUAUAAAUUGCCAGUAGAAGAUGUGCAACCUUUAUCACAGGCCUUCUUCAAAUUAGAGACAGUGAAACAGAGCUUCGACGUGGAGGAGUACAGCCUCUCGCAGUCCACCCUGGAGCAGGUUUUCCUGGAGCUCUCCAAGGAGCAGGAGCUGGAUGAUUUUGAGGAGGAACUGGAUCCGUCCGUGAAGUGGAAACUCCUCCCACAGGAUGAGCCUUGAAGCUCCAGAUAUCCGUUCUUUGUUUAUGCUCGUUACUCUUUUAUAGCAACAAUAGGCCUUAUCUCGGAUAUAGCACAAAAUACUUCUGAAACUGUGGUAACCUUUUCUCCAUCACGUUACUCAUGCUGGGGUGGGUGGGGACAGUCAGUGAGGCCAGGUACGCAGCCAGGUACUAACAAGCACGUCCCGUUUCACACAGUGUUAAAUUAAAAGAGCACUUAGGGUGAUUUGUUUGCAUGGCUGAGACUGCUUGCUUUUUUUUCCCUGAACUUCACAGCAUUGACUAUUUUAUCUUUUCGAUUAGGUAGAAUUAAGAUGUAAUAUUAACUGGAGGGGAAGGAGAACGAAGUGAUUGCCCAGCAGCAUGGUUCUUGUUUCUUGUAAUUCACUAUUCAAGGGUACUCAAUUGCCUGACUCCUUUUCUGUCAUUUUAACACUCUACGUUGUAGAGUGUUUGGUCUUUUGUGACUAAAAAGGGAAUUUAAAAUGUGUUAAGGUAAACACAAAAAGGAUUUGAAGGGUCAAGCUGGUGAACAUUUUCCAGUAUAUAUUUUACAUACAAAUUAAAUAUCGGAUGGUUUCUCUGAUGUGAAAAACCCAACAUAUAAAUAACAUAAAGAGAAAAAUAAAAGAUAAAUGACAAGAAACAGGGAGGGGGUCUUUGUGGAGAAGGGAAGGGGAUCUGGGAGGAAAGUGAGGCUUGGGAAGCAUAAAGAAUGAAGAUGUAAAGUAACCGUGUACCACAGCCCUGCAACAAGCACAUUUUUGUUGUUGUUGUUGUUUUUCUUUUUUUGGUACCAGGGAUUGAACUCGGGUCCUUGCGCUUGCAAGGCAGGUCACCGAACCGCUGAGCUAAAUCCCCAGCCAGUAAAAUGAGCAUAUUUAUUAUGGAUUUCAGGUGUAUGCUGUUAAAGUAUUUUUAGAGAGAUAUAUUUCUGAUUUUGUGUGUUUUGAUCAUAUAAGGGUACUCUUUGAGGCACUAAAUAUCAUAAUUCUA